AUGGAAAACCGAACUCGAGAACUGUUCUCGCUUCCAAUUCCAUUCAUCCGAACUCCGGGCAAACAGCGAAACGGAGGGAAUGGACAAAAUAAAACCACAAAGGCAAUGUGGGGAAAUGUUGAUUCUUUUAUUCACGCCGCGGCGGAGUGGGUGUUGGAAUGCAUUGUCCGAUAUGACGGCGGAAAGUCAUUCGAUGGUGGCUUUCAACGGGAAAUUAAAAAUAAUAUUUCAAAGAUUAUAUGGGCGGACAGUCGAGGAUUCUCUUCCACAAUCAACCGAUUUCCUGCGUUGUGCGUUCCUCGCAAGCAUAACCUGCCAAAGAGCGAAUGUCCGUCAUACGAGCCUUACCUCGCUACACCCACCGCCCAACCCCAAACUACUCUCCUGGCCUCUGUACUCAAAGUGGAUGUUGCGCUACGUCUGAGUGGCGGGUGUGAUGCUGGACGAAUAGGGAAAGAGGGAGGGUUUUGCCGUUUCAAGGAAGAGUAUAAUCGAGCUCGCUAUCCAGAGUUAUUUACACCUGUACGCCGUGUCUCCGUCAUCCUUCCAAUGCUUACGUGCGGUCGUGACGAAACCAUGAUAGUUCCGCGUAAAUCCAAUCAGGAUUCGGUGCGACCCAAAGCUCGCAGGAACAGCUAUGUGUUGCCCACGUAUCCUCUCCCUCCUCUACAGGACACACUGGACACCUACCUAAACUGUUUGAAACACCUGGUCACGGAGGACCAGUACAAAACCACCAAAGCCAUCGUAGAAAAUUUUGCGGCCUGUGGUGGGAUUGGAGAACUUUUGCAGGAACAUUUGGCUAAGCGGAAAGAAAAUAAAGUUAACUGGGUUUACGAUUGGUGGUUGGAUAAUAUGUAUCUAUGCAAUCCACUGGCACUUCCAGUAAACUCCAGUCCUGGAAUGGUCUUCCCUCGUCAGAACUUCCAGGAUGAGGGUGAUCAGCUCAGGUUUUCUGCACGUCUCAUUUGUGGAAUCCUGGAUUACAAAGUUGUAUUGGACGCUCGUGCCUUACCCGUAGAUUUUGCGCGUGGACAAUUAACGGGACGUGCCUUGUGCAUGGAACAAUACUACAGGCUUUUCUCAUCUUACCGUCUCCCAGGCCAACAAAAAGACACACUGGUAACCCAAAAAAGCAAUGUCAUGCCUGAAGUGGAGCAUGUCAUAGUGGCUUGUCGAAACCAGUUCUUUGUUUUGGAGGUUGUCAUAAACUUCAGACGUUUGAACGAAACGGAUUUAUUCACCCAGUUGAGAAAGAUCGUGAAAAUGGCAGAGAAUGAGGAAGAGAGGUCACCUCCCAUUGGACUGCUCACAUCAGAUGACAGGCCCAAAUGGGCAGAGGCAAGGACAGUGGUUGUGAGAGAUUCGACUAACCGAGACUCUCUGGAUGCCAUUGAACGCUGCAUAUUUCUGCUCUGUUUAGAUGAACCAAGUGAUGUUGAGCAGACUGAUCUAAAUAUGGCUCUGCAGAUAAUGCAUGGUGCUGGUUGGCACAAAAAUGGUGCAAAUCGGUGGUAUGAUAAAACUAUGCAGUUUAUUGUUGGAAAAGAUGGAUUGUGUGGUCUGGUUUAUGAGCACUCACCUGCAGAAGGAAUUGCUGUUGUACAGUGUGUUGAACAUCUCCUCUGCUACAUUAAAGAGACUUCAAGGAAGCUGGUUCGAGCGGACUCUCACUGUGAGCUGCCUUCUCCUCGAAGACUGAGAUGGAAGUGUGACCCCGAAAUUCACAGAUACUUAACCUCAGCAGCUGGUAAACUUCAAAGGUUGAUAGAAAACACUGACCUAAACAUUUACCGGUUGAAGGGUCUUGGGAAAGACUUCAUCAAAAGACAGAAGAUGAGCCCUGAUGCCUUCAUACAAGUUGGUUUGCAACUGUCAUUCUAUAGAUGUCACGGAAGACUUGUCCACACAUAUGAAAGUGCUUCCGUACGUUGCUUCCAGGAUGGAAGAGUUGAUAAUAUCCGAUCAGCAACUAAAGAGGCACUGGAUUUUGCAAAGGCAAUGAUAGAUAGAAGAGCUUCAAUCACAGACUCAAAGAAGAUGGAGCUUCUCUGGGCUGCAAUCAAUGCACAGAUCAAUUACACUGUUCGGGCUAUUACAGGGAUGGCAAUUGACAAUCAUUUACUUGGACUGCGGGAGAUGGCAAAAGAGCUGCAAAUGGAUUUACCUAAACUAUUCACUGAAAAAACAUAUCUGAUGAGUAACAAUUUCAUUCUCUCCACCAGCCAGGUACCAACUACAAUGGAUGGAUUUCUGUUUUACGGUCCUGUAGUUCCAGAUGGUUAUGGUGUUGCUUACAAUCCGCAUUUGGAUCAUAUUAUCUUCUGCAUCUCCAGCUUCAAUAAUUGCAAGAAAACCUCUUCUACCAUGUUUGCAAAAGCUGUGGAGAAGAGUUUUAAAGAGAUGAAAGACCUGUGUGUUAAGUGCAACACCAAAGCCAAGCAAUGCUUUCUGGGGAAUGGAACACACAAUGUUCAAAAUGGAAGAAGAUCACACCAAUAA